AGAACGGUUCGGGUAGUUUUACUUCCAAGUGGAUUUGUUGUUUUGAAUCAGUGUCGAAUUCUAUUAUACAAAGUGCCUGCUACACGAUCUCGGAGGACUGAUCUUCCGAUUAUCUUUUUAGUUAGUGUUAAAGUUGAUAAAGUUCCUUCUAUUUUACUUAUUGAAUAUUUGUUGGGUGCAUUCUAGUAACAGUGAAGCAAGUGAGCUACUAUCAUUGAUAAGCUCCGCAAUUGUGUUAUCAUCAUUCAUUAGUUUUAGUAGUGAUUGUUUCGUGAGUGAAGGGUGAAAACCAUGUGCAAAGCAAUUACACAAAAUGAUGCAAAUGAGGAAAAAGAAGAGGAAAAUAUCGAGACAGGUAUCGGGGAUCAUAAACAUGCAAAGGAAGCAAAUUUCGAUACAGCUUUAGCAGAGACAAAAUUUGGGAAAUUCAACUACUUCAUGAUAACAGUGGCUGGCAUGAUAUUGGGAGCAGUAAUUUUCGAAACAUUAGGCAUAAGUUUCAUAUUGCCAGUCACCGACUGUGAUUUGCAUUUUUCAACGCAAGAAAAGGGCGUGCUUGGUGCAAUUGGAUUCAUUGGCAUUAUAACAAGCUCACAUCUAUGGGGAUUCCUUGCGGAUACAAAAGGACGAAGGCGAAUCAUUCUCCCAACGCUUAUCAUAGCAUUCACAUUUACUCUGAUCUCUAGUUUUCUUAAUAACUUCUGGUCGUUGGUUAUAUUCCGAUAUUUGAAUGGAUUUUUUGUUUCCGGAGGAUCUGCAACUGUUUACGCAUAUCUUGGAGAAUUUCAUACAAACCAGGCCAGGUCCAAAGCAAUCAUGGGAGCUGCAGUGAUAUUCGCAAUUGCCGUGUUAUUAAUACCAGGAUGUGCUUGGCUUGUGAUAAACCAAAGUUUCCAAAUUUAUAUUCCAUUCCUUGACAUCGUAUAUAAGCCGUGGAGAUUAUUUUUGUUGGUUUGUGGAAUUCCCAGUCUGAUCUGCGCUUUGUGCUUAUUCGUGAUUCCAGAAAGCCCGAAAUAUACUCUGCUCUAUAAGGGUCAGGCGGAGACUAUUCAGAUUUUGAGCAGAAUCUAUUCAAUAAAUACUGGAAACGCAAGGGAGACAUAUCCGUUUACACAUAUUGAACAAACGGACGAAUACACUCUUCGCGUAAGUGACUCAGCACUUAUGAGACAUCCUGCGUUGAAUACAUUCAUAGCCAUGUGGAAGCAAACUAGCUCCCUUUUCCAUAGAAAAUAUUUGAAGCAAACUGUGCUAGGUUGCCUGUUACAAUUUAUAACAUUCAUAACGGCUAAUGGUCUGUACAUGUGGUUCCCUGCUAUUAUUGAUGAAAUUGGAGAGUUUCGAAACUUGAAUCCAAAUGGCCGAGCUUCCCUUUGCCAGAUUCUUGUCGGGAACAAGAUACAUAAUCACACAAAUUUGGAGCAUGCGGUGCCAAGAUGCAGAGAAACCCUUGAUAUAACUACUUAUCAGUAUGCGCUUUUCUUAGAGGCUUUAUAUGUGAUAUCGUUAGCAUUGAUUGGAUUUAUAGUCAACGCAGUAGGAAAGAUAUCGAUCUUAUUCGUGAUUCUAGUAGGAAGCGGAAUAGCGGGUUUGGUGGUGGCCUAUGUCACCAUGCCAUUGUUAGCCAUUUACCUAUUUAUUAUCUUGAUGCUAUCUGGGUUGGCGCCAGUUGUUAUCAAUGCAGCAACAGUUGAUCUAUUCCCAACGAGUUUAAGGGCCACGGCUGUUUGCAUUACCUUGAUGUUUGGAAGAUCGGGGAGCGUGGUUGGUGCCAAUAUAAUCAGUUCCGUUUUGGAUGUAAAUUGUGAAGCGGCAUUCCUGUUUUCGGGAAUUAGUUUAAUCUUUGGUGGAUUUAUGGGACUUUUAAUACCGAAAAAAUUGGAAACAGACGAAAAAACUGAACAGAGGCCAAAAGAAAAUUACCUUUCUGCUAAUAGUAUUCACAAUAUUUAAUUUCUAUGAAAUUUUUUUUUUAUUCUAAGUUUGUAGUUUUUUUUAAUAAAUGAGUUUUAAUUAAUUAGAAA